CCGAGAGCCGCCGCGCACUUCCGAAGGGCGUCGGGCUGCGCUCGCUCCCGCGCCCGGGAACUUCAAAGCGGCCGGUUCCGUCGGGGGCCCGCCCGGCCUGGCCCGGCCCGGCGCGGCGCGGCGCUGCGCGCUCGCACGGUGGCCAUGACCCCCGCGCUCCGCCAGGCGCUGCUGCUGCUGCUGCUGCUGGCCGUGGGCGCCGAGCUCUCGGCAGGAUUGAAGUGUGUAUGUCUUUUGUGUGACUCUUCAAAUUUUACCUGCCAAACAGAAGGAGCUUGUUGGGCCUCAGUGAUGCUAACCAAUGGAAAGGAACAGGUGAUCAAAUCCUGUGUAUCUGUCCCAGAAUUACAGGCUCAAGUCUUCUGCCAUAGUUCUAACAAUGUUACCAAAACUGAAUGCUGCUUCACAGAUUUUUGCAACAACAUAACAUUGCACCUGCCAACAGCCUCACCAGAGAGCCCCAAACUCAGAUCCAUGGAGCUGACCAUUGUAAUCACUGUGCCUGUCUGCCUCCUGUCCAUAGUUGCCAUGCUGACAAUAUGGGCAUGCCAAGGCCGACAGUGCAGCUACCGAAGGACAAACAGGCAGAGUGUAGAGGAGCCACUCUCUGAAUGCAAGUUGGUACACGCUGGAAAAACCCUUAAAGAUCUGAUUUAUGAUGUAACCGCCUCUGGCUCUGGCUCUGGUCUGCCUCUUCUGGUUCAAAGAACAAUUGCAAGGACAAUUGUACUUCAAGAAAUAGUAGGAAAAGGUAGAUUUGGUGAGGUGUGGCAUGGAAGGUGGUGUGGGGAAGAUGUGGCUGUGAAAAUAUUCUCCUCCAGAGAUGAAAGAUCUUGGUUUCGUGAGGCAGAAAUUUAUCAGACAGUUAUGCUUCGACAUGAAAACAUCCUGGGUUUCAUCGCUGCUGACAACAAAGAUAAUGGAACUUGGACUCAGCUUUGGCUCGUAUCUGAGUAUCAUGAACAGGGCUCCUUAUAUGACUAUCUGAAUAGAAACGUAGUCACGGCGGCUGGAAUGAUCAAACUGGCACUUUCAAUAGCUAGUGGUCUGGCACACCUCCACAUGGAGAUUGUUGGUACACAAGGUAAACCUGCUAUUGCUCAUCGAGACAUAAAAUCAAAGAAUAUCUUAGUGAAAAAAUGUGAAACUUGUGCCAUAGCAGACUUGGGGUUGGCUGUGAAGCAUGAUUCCAUUCUGAACACUAUAGACAUACCUCAGAAUCCGAAAGUGGGAACCAAGAGGUAUAUGGCUCCUGAAAUGCUUGAUGAUACAAUGAAUGUGAGUAUCUUUGAAUCCUUCAAAAGAGCUGACAUCUAUUCUGUUGGUCUGGUUUACUGGGAAAUAGCUCGAAGGUGUUCAAUUGGAGGAAUUGUUGAGGAGUACCAAUUGCCUUAUUAUGAUAUGGUGCCUUCAGACCCCUCAAUAGAGGAGAUGAGGAAAGUUGUUUGUGACCAGAAGCUUCGACCAAGUAUCCCAAACCAGUGGCAAAGCUGUGAAGCACUCCGUGUCAUGGGGAGGAUAAUGCGCGAGUGUUGGUAUGCCAACGGGGCAGCACGCCUAACUGCCCUCCGGAUUAAGAAGACUAUUUCGCAACUUUGUGUCAAAGAAGAUUGCAAAGCUUGAUGAUAACCCCGUCACAAAGAAAUCGCCCACAGCUUCCCCCUCCCCACAUCUGCCCUUUUCAUGUGAAUGUUUUUGCCAUUUUCUUUCUCCUUUGUUCUUUUGGUUCUACCUCAAAGAUUAUACAGGACAGUAUUUAAGUGGCCAAAGGUAGUGUGAAAAGAUAACUGUGCAGUUAAGCAUGGGCAGGAGCUGACUUUAUCCAUCCUCCUUGUGGUCUUUAAGUUUAUUUUGAAAAGCAACUCACAAACUCAUCAUUUCACUUACUGAGAAAUUAUUUAAAAAGUAUAAAAUAAGCUAUCUAAAAAUAAAUCAUUAAGAUUUUGUUUUACUUGAACCAACAGGACAUGAAUGAAUAGAAAACAGUGUAAAAUAUAUUUCUCCUCAGAUGAAGAAUAUUCAUUAAAAAUGUGAACUAGAGAAUAUUGUAGCUAAAUAUCUCUUUAGGUCAUGCAAUUUAUGGCCUCCUUGUUGAAAUUAAUAAUAUUUUUUUAAAAAAAUAAAUAAUGCUCUGAAUUUUAAUAUAUAAAACAUUUAGUAACAGCGAGCUGCUCGGUGAAAUAUGGAAGUGGGGUCAGAUCUCCACUUGCUCCGUCUUUCCUCUCCAUUCCCUGGUUCUUCAUCACCCACUACCACGACAGUCCGUAAAGCAAAUCCUUUGAAAGCCAUUCAAUCAGCCAUUAAAACUGAUACUUCCUCUCAUUUACAGAAGAAACACCUGACAUCUUGAAAUACUAAGAAAAGUACCACAGUCAAACAGCUAAUGGCACAGUUGGCAAUAGCCCAGAUCUUGUGACAAUCAACACUGAAGAGUUAGCCAGCCUCCUGCAUUUUUUUUGGAUUCCCAUACUACUUUUCUCCGUAUGCAGAAACAUCUUUCACUACGAUAUUUAUAGUUUAGUAAUAUAGAAAGCAUACUGAAUUACUUUACAGUAUUAUAAUUGACCUGCAUGAAAUUUUAGAAGCACACCUGUUAAAUAUGACAUUUUCCUCAUAGAAAUGUAAUAGUUACCCUGCUUGUUAAAGACUGUGUUUUUUGUACACUUCCAAAGACUAACUCAACACAAAUAUCCACUGUCCGAAGAUGUCUUAAGAUGAAAUUCACAAGUUGUAUUGCUUUUGUAUAUACAAAAUUGCAAGAAAAGCAUCAAAAAGGGAGAGGAAGCAAAGAAAUAUUUUGAGAAAAAUCUUAGAAACUUCAAAAUGUGUAACAAACAGAUGCUAUAGAGUAUCAGCCACAGUGAAUAGAUAGUUCCCUAACCUUUCAGAAUGAGCAGAUGGGUGCAGAGCAGUGCUCUCAUAGUUUCUCAUCAUUGUACUUUUUGUGGCAACAGAGUGAUGAAUAUUUAAUGAGAUGUUAAACAUUUCCAUCAAGUAUGUAAUAAUUGUCUUGGUGAUGGAGACUUCAUGUGUUCUUUUAUUUUUCUAAAAUGUAGCUUCCCAAACAUUGUUUUUUAGAAAAUUCUCCUGCUGAGGUGACCCACUAACAAAAGUAUUCUUUGAUAGCUUCAUUGAGAGUGAUCCUGAAUGCUAGUGUACCAUGUGCUUUGAGAAAUCUUGCAGUAAGAAAAAGCUACUUGAUUUUAAAAAAACUGGAUUUAUCAAAUUAUUUGGUAAUGAUGGAGUCUUUUUAUUAUGGGAAGAGGAAAUAUUUUACUAUUUCACAUGGAAGUGUUCUACAAAGCACAAAUUGGGUAACAGUGGUAUGUGUUUUCAUGUAAAGCACAAUUCAGUGAUUAUACUUCAUUUCAUUAUGGAAAUAUGUUACUGAAUCCAUCUUCAUUUGAUUUGUCGAGAUAGACAAGACAAAAUGAUGACAGCUGUGGGGAUGCUUUCAUUCUCAUUCAUGCAUUUCUCCAUUUAUUAAGUAAUCUGGAGUACCCCAUAUCUUGCUUGCCACAAUAUUGGGCACAAGGGGGAAUAAAAAGAUAGAUAGGUCCUGCCUUCAGGGAUUUUAAAAUCUAAUUUGGGAAUCGGAAAAGUGAUAUGAGUAUGUGGGAAGAAAGUAAAUUGACAGAUAAAAUACAAAGUAGGAUGUCUUGAACUUAGUAUGACAGUGGGUUUAAAGAAUAGGUGUGAAAAUCACUUUCAAUUGACAACACAUUUAGAAAGUGUCUUUAUAUGGAUAUUAGAACCUAAGUAGACUACCAAUUUUAAAAAGGAUUUUAAAAAGAGCUGAUGUGAAGGGUUACUGUUGUUUGUACUUAUUAUUUUAUUUCUCACAGACUGAUUUUGCAUAUAAGAGUGAACUUAUUUAUUUACUAGGGUCUUACUCUAGUCUCAAGUGAGAAUAAUGUUUAUUGUUUUAUUCAUGUAUGUUGGGCAAAUAUACUUAUUGGAUUUUUAAGAGAGGGUGUUUUAAUGUUUCUGUUUUAUUCCUCAUGUUUUAUAAUUUAUUUGUGUGUAUAAAUAUAAUUCCAUAUUUUAUGGAUUUACCUUUCACUCUUUAUAGGUCUACACAUUGGUACAUUUUGAUAUUUGUUUGUUUGUUUUUCUGUUGGUUAAUAAUGACUCCUAAGUGAAUCACCUUAUGCUUCAAUUAUUAAAUACAACUUUUAAUGAAAGGGAUAGACCAACAGAUAUGAUAUGGAAAAUAUUAAAAGUUAUAAUUUUUUCCUUAACUCUCAACAUACUUUACAAAGAAAAUGUUCACUUAUAAAAAUAGGAUAAAGUUUAGAAUGUCAGGCAGAUUUUCUGUAUAUAUAUAUAUAUGCUGUUAAAUUUUAUAUGAUUUGUUCUUAAUGAUAUCCCAUUGUGUGAUAUUUACUACUUUUCAGAUUUGUUAUUAGAAAGAAAUCCUUUGUAAGUUAGGUUCAGAGUAUCAGUGUUUUUGCUCCUUUCAAUUAUUUUGGCUUUUGGAUAUGAUACAACGCUUGAGGAAAUGUGAUUAUGAAUUUUCAGUACUGUAUAAAGAGGUAAUGAGAUUUACAUGCAGCAUCAGUCUCUGAAAGUAAGAGAAACAUUAUUUGUUGUCAAUAUUUAAGCAUGGACUUAUUGCCUUGUAAGUUACGUGUUUAAGUUUGUAAUUGGUACAGAUUCUUUUGUAUGCAUUCUUGUAUGUCUAAAAUAUUUGGCAUGUCAUAUCUAGAAUUCUUAAUUAUGUUCUUACUUGAGAGUUAAGUGAAACAUGACUGUCAUGCACUAUUUUAGGCAUAGCACUUGCUUUUCAUCUUCAUACUUUCAAUUAACUUUGCAUUUUAAAUUUCCAUGAUUGUAUGAAAAUAGUAACUUGGGUACAGUGUCUGAAGAAUUCAAAAUCAGCUUUUAUUUUAAAAUGAAAAUCUACAACAGAUUCUUUAGGUUAGAAGUUCUACACUAAUUUAUUAUUUUAUAACUUCUACUAUUGUAGAAUUAUUAACUAAAAGAAAACAGAACUACUUUCUUGGAAUUUUGCCACCAGGUGACUUAUCGGGGCAGAAGGAACUCAGGGCUAUCUUGGAAACUACCCCUAAGUACAGGGAAUCUACUCACCAAUCACUUGAAAUCAGGGAGCUGGCUGACCUUCACCAUAAUGCAGUGUUCACCUUAAAGUCAUGGUUAGGGAAUAGUUUUUGAUUGAUUAUUUUGUUAAACAAAUUUAUUUAAAAUGUGGAAAUGUUAUUUCCCAUUAAAAAAUCAAAUCAAAAUAGCAAAUGAAUAGAAGUUGGCAAUUGUUGUCUUCAAUAAUUUUUGCUUUAUAUAAGUUUAUAAAGGUAACAUUAUAAGCUAUUUAGAUAUGUUUGGUAUUAGUAUCUUAAAUGAGGUCAUAUUUUUUAAUGUAUACUUAAUCUAUUUUUGUGUGUGUGAAACUUAACCAUUCUUUGUUUGAUGAUACUUUGUUCUAUCCAUAUGCUAAUACCUACUUGGACUGUAUUCCACUAUUUUAGUAAAGACAGUGAACUCUCUGACUGAGGACUAUUUUUUAGGGCUGCUAAAUAGAAAAAUACCAACAGAAAUGUAAAACUUUUAUUAAAAUUUUAAUAGUAAGAAUUUCUAUAAUAUAAGAAGUUUUCUAAAGCAUUUUAGUACAAAUUUUCAGAUACUCUUUUUUCCAUCUCUAACUUCCUUUUUCUUCCAUUAUUUUUCUCACUUGCUUUAAAAUAUUUCAUCAACCUUCAAAAUUAUUAGCUACUAAUUUUAGUACAUGUUAUUUACUUAAUUAUUCUGAAAUUUAGCUUUUUCAUCAAAAGAGAUCCCCAAGUGAUCUAAAUUGUUUAACGUGUGUCACAGACAAAUACAAAACCCAGAAUUUUGGGGAAUUAGAAUGAAUCUAAGAGAUUUUGUAGCUUGAUGUCACACAGAGGAGGAAACCAGAGGUCAGAGAUUAAAUGACUACCAGUUAUUUCCAAAACCUAGUAGUGAUACCUACUGUGCCCUACUCAACUCCUCCGAAUUAAAAAAAUUGGUUAACUCGAAUCUAAACUUACCUUGAUUAUUCACUUGCAUAAAUGUGCCAUCUAAAGAUGAUAAAAUUCUACUUUUCCUGUGCUUCUACUUUGCUCAGGAUAAAAUAAUUGUUCACUAAGAAAAACUAAAAUAGACGAAGAGUUUCAAAAUGAUGAUGCAAGCUAGGCAGCCAUCGGAGUGCUGAUGAGUGUAACUGGAGGGUGACGAGGGGCAGGAGCUUAGUGCCAGCGGUGAGCAGCACGGCUGCAUGGCUGUGCCGCCUCCUCUUUCUCCGAGGGUUCAUGCUCUGGACAGGUUGGAAGAUGAUUUGGUAGAUGACUCUGGAACUAUGUCUAGUGACAUACUAUCUGGCCUUUUUUUCUUUUCUCAGUUUCAUCCUCAGUAUUCAUUUUCUUUCACCUCAUUAAAAACAUUUUCUGAGUUUCAUGAACUCUACCUUCAUGAUUCUUGUCUCUCUUUAGCUAUACUCGAACACUGUCCAGAUUGUUACACUGGGCUUCUUAACAAGAUUUUAAUUUCCCCCCUCAUGUAUGAGAGGAUUCGCCUCAUAACUUCACCAGUAAUUAUUCUCUUGGCACUAUAAAAAGGGUUCUGUUAAUGGCAGAGAUGACUUUCUUUUAAACUUUAAAAAGACUGUGUGGUUAUAUUCUAGCUUUUAUCUAACAUAUAAAGAAUGUCUACUUUUGGUUUAAUGCUAAAUUUCAGUUGAGACUGUGACUUGGAAAGAGAAUGUGGAAUGUAUGUCCCAUAAUGUGACUGCUAAAAUUACUCCUGCUGUGUUUAUUACUAUUGCUUUGUUUUCCUUUAUCUUUUAAAACCAAACCAUUAUGCUAUAUGAUGUGGAAUAUAAUAUUGAAAUUAGGUAGCAAUCCCCCUUUAAAACUCAUGUAUUAAAAGAACUGGCAGGAUACUUCUCUAUUUCAGUUGUAAAUGAAUACAUCUUUUGGGAAAAUAUGAGUUGUAGCUCAUCCUAACUUUAAUAUUGUCAGAUAUGACCACAUUCUCUGAUAACUGACUCCAUGUUAAACUAGCAGAUGAUUCUCCACCUAAUCCAGCAGUUUUAACUGCAGUAUUUUUACCCAGACCUUUUUGAAAUCUGAUUAAUAUAAUUACUGAAGAUCUGAGUACGGUAGUACACUGUCUCAGGAUUAAUUUGGGCAUAUUGAGAUACACAAAAAUACUCCCAGCAGGUGGGCACAUGGGAAAUAUCUGCAAUUGGCUCUUUGCAGAAGGAAACAAGCAUCUUAUAUACUUACAUAUCCUUGAAAAAUGACCCUGCUUAUAAAUCUUCAGAAAAUUGGAAUUAAAAAGGCAAGAUGGUUUUUUUUUUAACAUCUGCAAACUGAGCAGAGAACUUAGGAGAAAACAUUCUACCAUUCUAAAAGAGCAAGUAAAUUAGAUGUUAGGCCUGCUGUUUUAAAUUUUCUACCCUGAAAGUUUCACGGGCCCUGAUUUUGAUGUCUUCAUUGAGUUUUCAUUCACACUGAACCUAUUCAUUGACUUAUAAAACAAGAUAGUGUGCCGAAGUUCUGCCCAGAAACACGUAAAUUAAGAAUCAUCCAAAUUUCUGCUUUUUCCAUGGACUAAGUAGUAGUAUUUAUGCACUUUUAAAGAUCCAAUAUUUUUCUUCUGUCUAUAAAUAUGAGUAUCUGAAUCAAAAUAUUAAAUUCUAGUUCAUUUCCACAAUACUAGUAUCAAGCUGAAUAAGAAUUAUUCAAACUUAUUUUGUGUUUUGGGUUUUAAAAUUCCCCAGAAACAGAAUACUAGACUCAGAUCUCAAAAAAAAUUUUUCCGAUUGACUUUUAAAGUACUAAUUCUAAUUAUACUUUUUUUGGUAGUGUGACUCUUCUUAUACCUAAGAACAUAUUACAAAUGUCAAAACCAUUGCCUUUUGACAUUGCAAAACAUGCCUUGAACUCUUGAACUACUGUGAAGAGAAUCACUGUUGUAAAGACUUUUUGUAAGCUAGUUGCUAUUCUUAAGUAUGUGAAAAGAUAUUGCCUUCCAAUAGAGAGGCUCAAAUGGAUGUAUAUAAACAUUGUGAAAAAACAAAUUGGGUUUUAAAAUGAGAACUGGGCAAUAAAUUGUAUCAGAAAUGUGCAUAUGGGGAUUUUAGUACAUAAUUGCAAUUUAAUUGUUGAAGAUAAAGAGAAUUCCAGAUUGUAAAUGAAAUGAAUGAUAUUAAAAUGUUUCAUUAAUUUCUAGUCUGUGAAAAUAUACAUUUUAUAAUAACAUAUAUACUUAUUUUAUUUAGAAAUUAUAUAGCAUUUUAGAAUUUAGUAGAAACUCUGUGAUAGACUUCAUAUCAAAAUGUUUAACUUUGCCAACAGUAAGUCAUAAAAUGUUUAUUUUAAAACAUUUUAAUAUAAUUGCAUAACUUUCAGCUGCCUCCAGAUGUAAAUACUUAUCUGCCUAAAUGUUAUAUUUUUAUGUAUGCAUUUUCUGAAAAUGUAUUGUUUUGUAAAGUGGAAAAGGUAAUAAAUUAAGCAUUCCUUGCACUUGUUACCGUGAAGCAUAUAGAGCUCUAUUUUAAAUAAAAGAAAAUGUGACAUAU